AUGUCCUCGAUUCAUACCAAUAUUGUCGUCUAUGGUUGUGGCAACAAUACACACAGCAUUCUUAGUCCAACAACAGGACCCAUAAAACAACCACGAUUAAUUUCCUUUUUAAAGGCUUUUGAAAAUGCCAAUCUCCUUCCAAAAUCAUCAACCAAUUCCAUUCCGACCAGUUCAUCAUCAUCAUCAUCCAAUGAUGAUCAAGAUGAAAAUUAUUUAAUUGCCCUCCAAAAUUCUCAAAUUCCUCAUCACUUUUCAUUGGUCCAGGUGAGUACGGGAGGUGAUUUUGCCUUCUUUCUCUUUCGGGAUCAUUGCAAAGGAGAAAACCGUUUAUUUGCUUGUGGUUAUACUGGUACAGGUGAACAUGGUGUUCCACAAGAUGGUACUCAAUCCACUUCUCAGUUACGAGAUGUGACUGAAAUGGCCAAGAAACAAAUUCUUCAAAAACAACCGAGUUCAGUGGUUGGAAUGGAUAUUAAGCAAAUUGGUUGUGGUUGGAAUCAUUCCAUGUUAAUGGUAGAAUUUGAAGAACAGACACAAGAAUUGGGAUUACCGAAUCAAAAGAGGUUGGCCUUUUUCGGAUCGGGCUUUAACAACCAUGGUCAAUUGUCUGUUGGAGAUACAUCUUCAAUAUCGAGAUUUGGACAAGAGGCAGAUGUGUCACUGGUCUCACGAGAUCAUUUGUAUAGUAUUGAAAAAUUCUUUUUAAGAUAUAAUACGUGUGCAUUUAUUACAAGAGAUCGAACCUUGUAUGCUUGUGGAGGAAAUUCUAGUGGAGAGAUGGGUAAACAUGGAAGUGUUUAUCGAUUUGAAAAGAUUGCAACCAAUAUUUUGGAAGCUGAUUUUUCAUAUUCACAUGGAGCUAUUAUUAAUUUAGAUGGAGAAGUUAUGACCUCUGGACAAAACGAUUACAACAAAUUGGGACAUUCCUGUGCCGGUUCCUAUCAAUUUAUCCAAGCACCAUUACCAAAUAAUGAGAAGGGUCAAAAAGUGGCUCUUGGAAUUCAUCACACAGUCGUCUUGACACAAUCUGGCUCUAUUUAUACGGUUGGCCAUAAUGAUAACGGUGAAUGUUCUUUGGGACAUCAUGCAAGUGCGUCUGUUCUUAUUCGAGUGCCACUCGAUGUUCAUUUUAAGGAUAUUUGCUGUGGUUUUUAUCAUACUUGUGCCUUGUCAAUCACGAAUGAAGUUUAUAUUUGUGGAAUUGAUGUCGAUACGAGAGGCAGCAAGAAUAUAUUGUCACCCUUAAUAACAAACGAUCCGUUAUAUCGUACCGUUAAUGCCAUAGCGAGUGGAGGCUAUUAUUCGUUAAUGUAUCGUCAAGAUGAAGGUGAGAGCAAACGAGUGAAGGAAUUUAUGUCCAAGUUAUUCAAAUUUUCCAAGUUGUCAGCGGAAGGAAGCACUAGUGAAUUGCAGGACGUACAAAUUCAAUUCAUGUGA